AUACAUUGCAAGCCUGUAUUUAUGUUUCCUUGAAAAGUUCUGAAUGUAAAUCUCUGCACACAAUAGAUACCAUCAGGUUUGAUCAGGGCUGCACACAAAAUGCCCACUUUUGGACUUUGGAUGGUUAAAUAAUUUCCUCUUCCACAAUUUUAUACAUUUUGUAUCUCUGGACUGGAAUGUCGUACAGACUUAUGAUGUGACAUAUUUUGUUUCUCUCCACAGAAAUCAUGGAUGACAGCAGCAUGGAUGACAGCGGCAUGUAUACCAGCGGUGGUGAAUCCCAGGCUACCACAAUAUUAUUCUCCAGGAGUGAGGGUGACUUUGUGUCGCCCUCUGAGUUUGAGGACGAUGGGCACAGCCCUCUUCCUUCUCCACCUCCACCUCCACCUCCACCUUCACCACCACCCCAGGGCUUGCUCCCCAGACAGCCCAGACUGUGGCUGGAGAAUGAUAUGGAUGGCUACCUUGGUGACGAGGAAGAUAGCGAUGAGGAUGAUGAAAAUUUGUAAUUUUGUAUAUUCUUUAUCUUCUUCGGCCCUUAUUGCUUAGUUGUGCUUUUUAUAUUAUAUACUUUUAAUUACUUUUUCUGCUGCUAUUGAAUGUUUGUGUGUUGUCUGUAUUCU